CUGACGUCAGAUCCAGUCAUCAUCAGUUUAGAUGCAAAAGGGGAAGUUGGGAGGAACCGACGGAAGAUCUGGGAGUGACCGUUUGAGAAGCACCUCUUGACUUCAGUACAGGGGAUUGGGGCUUAGGGUCAUGGCAGGAAGAGGUGGAGCAACGAGACCUAACGGGCCGAACGCCGGCAACAAAAUCUGUCAGUUCAAACUAGUGCUCCUGGGAGAGUCCGCUGUGGGGAAGUCAAGUCUAGUCCUUCGCUUUGUAAAAGGACAGUUUCACGAGUUUCAGGAAAGCACAAUAGGAGCUGCCUUCUUGACUCAGACAGUGUGUUUGGAUGAUACAACAGUCAAGUUUGAGAUCUGGGAUACAGCUGGCCAGGAGCGUUACCACAGUCUGGCCCCAAUGUAUUACAGAGGAGCGCAGGCGGCCAUAGUGGUGUAUGACAUUACAAAUGAAGAAUCAUUUGCACGUGCGAAAAACUGGGUGAAAGAGCUUCAGAGACAAGCCAGUCCAAAUAUUGUAAUAGCUUUGGCUGGAAACAAGGCAGACCUUGCCAACAAGAGAGCACUGGACUUUCAGGAUGCACAGUCAUAUGCAGAUGACAACAGUUUGCUCUUUAUGGAAACAUCGGCAAAGACUUCAAUGAACGUGAAUGAGAUUUUUAUGGCCAUUGCAAAGAAACUACCUAAGAAUGAGCCCCAGCCUGCAGGUGCCAAUACGGGACGCAACAGAGGUGUGGAUCUAACAGAAACGGCACAGCCUGCGAAAGGUCCCUGCUGUAGCAACUAAACGGCGACGGUCCUCACCUCCUAACCAACCGCAUCACAUCUGGACAUGGGGCUCCUCCUUCCAAACCUCGCUCCUUGGAUUAGCUAAAGACUCUGUAUAGCUGUGUUUCUAAUACUUUUUUUUACUUUUUAUUUUUAAGAAAAA